UACUGUCUUUUUGAGUUUUGCUCGCUCGUACGUGCACGUGUACUUCCCACAGAGUCAUCUCGUCAGAAGUUUCAGAAAGGGGGGAAAUACUUUGAAGCGAGUCCGUCGUUUGUGAGUCAUUUCUCAUUAAGUAUAUUUUGUGGAGCUUCUGGUGUAAUUUGCCAGCAAGGAUGAUUCUGGCAACAUUGAAAGGUAUUGGGAAGCAGCUCCUGCGGGUGAAAGUUGUGGACUGUAGCUCAGAUGACUCCCGCUUGUCCCGGUGCCUCAACACGUUUGACCUGGUGGCCCUCGGUGUGGGCAGUACGCUGGGCGCUGGCGUCUACGUUCUUGCUGGUGCUGUAGCUCGCGACAGCUCUGGACCUGCCAUCGUCCUCUCAUUCCUCAUCGCGGCCCUGGCAUCUGUCCUGGCCGGUCUGUGCUACGCCGAGUUUGGAGCCCGCGUCCCCAAGACUGGCUCAGCUUACCUCUACAGCUAUGUGACAGUUGGAGAACUUUGGGCAUUCAUCACAGGCUGGAAUCUCAUUCUUUCUUAUGUCAUAGGAACUUCAAGUGUGGCCAGGGCAUGGAGUGCAACCUUUGAUGAGCUUAUUGGAAGGCACAUUGAGGCAUUUUGCAGACAGCAUAUGGCCAUAAAUGCACCAGGAGUCCUGGCAGAAUAUCCAGAUGUUUUUGCUGUCCUCAUCAUACUCACUUUGACAGGGCUGCUUGCGUUUGGGGUGAAAGAGUCAGCCUUGGUAAACAAAGUAUUCACCUGCAUCAACGUCCUGGUGCUGUUGUUUGUGAUCAUCUCUGGUUUGGUUAAAGGAAACCUAAAAAAUUGGAGUCUGAACCCUGAGGAGAUCCUAAAUGCCACCACAAACUCUAGUCUUAAUAUAUCCAAUGUCUUACCUGAAGAGAAAACUCUUGGUGAAGGUGGCUUCAUGCCCUUUGGUUGGACUGGCGUCCUCUCUGGUGCUGCCACUUGUUUCUAUGCCUUUGUAGGGUUUGAUUGCAUUGCCACUACAGGAGAAGAAGUGAAGAAUCCCCAGAGGGCCAUUCCUAUUGGGAUUGUGGCCUCUCUCCUCAUCUGUUUUGUGGCCUACUUUGGCGUAUCAGCGGCUCUCACAGUGAUGAUGCCAUACUACAUGUUGGACAUGAACAGCCCUCUUCCAGUGGCCUUUAAGUAUGUGGGCUGGGAGGGAGCCACUUAUGCAGUGUCCAUUGGCUCUUUGUGUGCUUUGUCGACCAGUCUACUAGGCUCCAUGUUCCCAAUGCCCAGGGUGAUCUGGGCCAUGGCAGAAGAUGGCCUGCUCUUCAAGUGUUUGGCUAAAAUCAGCCCACGAACCAAAACCCCUCUAACAGCUACAGUAACAUCAGGUGUAGUGGCAGCUGUGAUGGCUUUCCUGUUUGACUUGAAAGACCUGGUUGACCUCAUGUCCAUCGGCACUUUGCUGGCUUACACUCUGGUGGCUGCCUGUGUCCUUGUCCUUCGGUACCAACCCGAGCACCUGAGCAUCGACUAUGAAAUGGCCAACACCCAGGAUGAAGCCGAGUCUUACAGCGAGGGGAAUAUUGACAUCCUACCUCAGCCAGAGGAUCACUUCACCAUCAAGAAUCUCCUUUUCCCUUCGAACACUGAGCCAUCUCCUCUGUCUGGGCUGGCUGUCAACAUUUGCACCAGUAUACUUGGUGUCAUGGUGUGCGUUUUUGGCAUUGUAGCCGUUCAUGGAGGGCUGGCACCCUGGUCGGUGUCUAUCCUCUGUAUGGUUGCAGUGUUUUGUCUGUUUGUCACAUUCAUUGUGUUCAGACAGCCACAGAGCAAAGCCAAGCUUGCCUUCAAGGUUCCCUUUCUACCAUUUGUCCCCAUUAUUAGCAUGUUUGUUAAUGUGUACCUGAUGAUGCAGCUCGAUAAAGGAACUUGGAUGCGCUUUACCGUCUGGAUGGUCAUAGGUUUCUUUAUCUAUUUCGGCUACGGGAUUCGCAACAGCGCUGAGGCAGCGUUGAACCGGACGGACACCUACGCACCAGCAUGCACGAUAAAAGGAGAGCCCAUGGCCACGGAGAAGGAGGCCUUCCUGCACGAAGGACAAAACUCCACCCCAGAAGAUGAAGAUUCAUGAGAAAACAAGAGGUUGUUUGAGCUUUGCAUGAAACACUGACAAACUGUUGAAUUCUCUGAAACAACUAUAAAUCUUUCACGGUUGCAUUUCUUUUGUUAAACUUGAUCUAGAUUCCUAAAUCCACAGUAUACUAGACUGAAGUGGCAAUUUUAAUAUUAUUUUAACAUUUUAUAUAUUUAAAGUUGAGAAUUUGCUGAACAGUUCGAUACGUUUGCUGUUUACCUAAAACAUUAUGAAUACCAUAAAUCUGAACAGAGCUAAGAAUAAUAGCUCAUCUUUGGUGUUUUGUAAAAUAUUUCUUAGUUGUAAAUUUGCUUCUGGGGUACAGAAGUUUUAAGGGGUUUUAAACUUGUAUUUUGUUACUAAGAAAAGCACAAUUCUGGAGUUGAAUCAUGCAGAGUAAUACAACGUGUUGCUACAGAUAAUCCUGUUAGCUCUGUUAACUGUGUAUCUGUGCAGGUAUCGAUGUCUUGCUGCUGAGUAGGGACACAUCUUAAUUAAAGAUUAAGACCAUCGGGGUUGUCUUGGUGAGGGGAAAUUGCACUUUUUAACUAUAAAAAAGUGAAGUGAUUGAGAUUCUGCAGAUGUUCCUAAAGUGCCUUUUUCCCCACAAUGUUACACCUUUAAAGUUACAAUAUUGCUCUCACUUGACAGCUUUUUGAAGUAGAUACUGUAUAUUGUCUGUAUAUAAAGUAGGUUACACUUUGGAUGUUGCAAAGUAUAUGUUAAUGAUUUAUGGCAAUUUUUUUUUAGUCAUCCAUUUUCUGUUUUUAGUUCACAAGCAUUAAAAUAUGGAGAACAAUCCCAUUUUUAGUAUUGCACACUCGGGUUUGAAUCUUGAUUGACUCACUUUAACCCAGAAACUUCUGCACCAACACUGUAACUCAAGCAGAAAUAUGCCUGCAAUAAAUAACAGAUGAAGGGAAAUGAAAGCUAUUUGGGUGGAUGUACAGAUCCACAGGGCAGCUGAAAUCUAAAUUUUACAUAUCCUUUUGCAUGUCUUCAUUAAAGACUGAAAAUGCAACCACGUGGAAUAUUCCUGAGAAAAAUCUCUAAAACAAUCACUACCAUGUUUUCAUCAGUAACUUGGUGAAUGAAUUACAGUUAGCUUGGUUUGUCAUGAAGUGUUUUUUUUAUGUAAUUGGUUUAUGCUUCAGAAAAAAUGUAUUUAUUUAGAGAUGGUGUUGCAUUUUCUCGUGAUAGUAAACCAAUCUACAUGUGUAAGAUAUGAAAUAAUCUUGUAAAUAAGCAGUUUGUAACUUUAUCAGCACAGCCAAAGAAGAAUGUUUCACAAAUGACCUUUUUGUUUCCUAUAAUUUGUAUUGUAAAUAUCAUUAUUAUUUACUAGAAUAUGCCUAAAUUAAAGGUAUAUCAUCAAACAUAAGUUUGUUUCUUCAUUUUAAACCAAAUAAAUUUUUACUGUUUGGAAAUGUAUUCUUUGCCAAUAAAUGUUGAACUUUCUGCUCUUAUUUCAGCUUUCACUGCUAAAAGAUGGAAUAUUUGGAGAGCAGCUUUUGUGCCUUUUGUUUGGAUUUGCUGUUGUGUCCAAGUUUUAUCAGCUUCCAUCUACACAAUUGACAGUUUCAUAGAAGCGUUUGCAUGCUGGACAAAAUGUCUCAUGUUUAGAUUUUGUGGUGCAGCUUUUUUAUAUUGGUUUGCAGAGUAUUGACGAU